ACUAAUUGGGCCAACAUUUCUUGGACACAAAAAGGUCAAGUUAGCAAAUGCAUUAUUUCCUCUCAAAGGAUCAAUGAUAAUUGAAACAUCUGCAGCAUUUGGAGUUAUGUUUUACUUCUUCAUAAUAGGUGUGAAGAUGGAUCCUGCCUCAUUGUUGAAGCAUGAAAAAAAGGCCAUGACUAUAGGUCUUUCUGUAUUCACAUUCACAAUGGCAAUUCCAACUGGUUUGUCCAUGUUCAUGAUUAAUCAUGUUUCCAUGAACAAGAGUCUUUCAAUUUCCCUUCCAUUAAUAGCUUUAUCACAAUCCUUCACUGCUUUUGUUGUCAUAGCUAUCCUCCUCACAGAGCUUAAGAUCCUAAACACCGAUAUCGGCCGGUUAGCCAUGUCAGCAGCAAUGUUUUGUGAUAUUGCAGGCUUUAUAUUGACAACAAUUAUCUUUGCAUUGAUGCAAAAUAAGGGUGGUAACAUAGUGACAUUUACAUGGAUCAUAUUAUCUAUAGUUACACUCUUUGUUGGCAUUAUAUAUGUAAUGAGACCAAUACUAAUAAAGAUCUCUAAGAAAUUCUGUGGUGAAAAGCUUGUUAGAGAAUGGUUCAUUAUUUGUAUCUAUGUCUUUGUUUUGAUAACUGGAUUUUUUAGUGAAAUUAUUGGACAACAUUAUAUUAUGGGACCAUUACUUUUAGGAUUGGCUAUUCCAGUAGGACCACCUUUAGGAACAAAUUUGAUUACUAAAAUGGAGACAUUAUGUUAUGAUUUCUUUUAUCCAACUUACCUUGCUAUUAGUGGAUUAGAAACGAAUCUCUUCCAAAUUGAUUGCAAGACAAUGUGGAUUGUGUGCACUGUUGUGACUGUCUCUGUUGUGGUUAAGAUAGGAGCUGUUAUCUUGUCAGGAUAUUACAAUAAUAUACCUUUGAAGGAAUGCUUUGUGAUAGGACUCAUUCUAAAUGCAAAGGGCAUAUCAGAACUUGUUGUUUAUAAUCUAUGGAAGGGAAAUGAGAUACUAUCAGAGCAAGAAUUCUCUUUGGCAGUGUUUUCUAUUAUAGUGAUAAAUGCUAUUAUAACACCCCUUGUAAAAGUCCUGUAUGAUCCUACCAAACAAAAUCAUCCCAUAACAAGAAGUUCCAUUCAACAUACAAAAGAAGAUUUGGAUUUUCACAUCAUGGUUUGCAUUCACAAGCAUGAAAACAUCCCAACAAUGAUGAACCUAUUGGAAGCAUCUGAUGCUAGUGCAGAGAGCAAUGUUAGAGUGAUAGCUCUUAUCCUAGUAGAGCUUAUAGGAAGAUCUAGACCUCUUCUCUUCGCUCACCAGCCGCACAAUCUCCUACGGUACACCGCAUCAAAAUCAACUCAUAUCAACAAUGCAUUUCACCAAUAUGUACAACAGAACAAAGGGUAUGCGUCCGUGGAAUUAUUUACUUCAAUCUCAAAUUAUGAAACAAUGUCCGAUGAUGUUUUUCGUAUAGCAAUUGACAGAAUAGCCAACAUUUUGAUUCUUCCUUUUCACAAGAAAUGGGAGAUAGAUGGUAGUGUUGAAAUAACAAAGAAAUCCAUUCAAUACAUGAACAUAAAAGUUCUUGAAAUGGCACCAUGUUCGGUCGGAAUCCUAGUUGAUAGAGGUAGUAGAAAUACCACACAAUUGUUUUCGACACCAACAUUAUCAUCAUCAGCAGCAGCAUGCCGUGUAGGUGUGUUCUUCAUUGGCGGCUUAGAUGAUAUAGAAGCACUAGCUUAUAGUUCAAGAAUGUCUAGACAUGAAAAUGUGAAGGUAACAGUGGUACGGUACCUUCAAUUCGGAUCAGAAAAUUCAAUAGAAAGAAGACGCGAGAGCGAUCUUAUAGACGAAUAUAGACACUUACAUUUUGGAAAUCGUAGGUUUAAGACUAUUGAUGAAGUUAUGAAAGAUGGGAUAGAAAUGUCUGUAAGUAUUAGAAAAUGGAUAGAUUGUUUUGAUUUGGUAAUGGUAGGAAGGGAACAUUCAGAAUCUGCUUUGCUUAAAGGGUAUGAAGAAUGGAGUGAAUGUCCUGAACUAGGACUCAUUGGAGACAUGCUUGCUUCACAGGAUUUUGAGACAAAGGCAUCAGUGUUGGUGGUGCAACAACAAAGACUUAUACAAAGAACAUUUGCUAAAAGCAAAAUUUGUCCUAUGCCAAUUGAAAGAGAUCGUAAGCUACAUUAUGUUCCAUUUGAUAUGCAACUACAAAUAGAUGAAAAAUUACAAAGAAAAUAA